CGCUAUUGCACAAAAAUAAACUCGACCAUGCAGAAAAGCGAUUUCCUCCUGCCGAACUGAGUUGAGUCUCAAAGCAAAAAGUUUGUCAGCCAUUAUUAGCAACGGUAGGAACUCCCCCACCCUACAUCCAGAGCCCUGCUGAUUUUCAUCUCAGCCCACUGAACAAGAUUUAUUACUGCAGAUGAGGAUGAUCAGACAGACAGCUGACAAUGCAUCUCCCAGGCUCAGAUCAGUGACUGAGGGGCCAGCUUCAUCUCAGCUACCUGGACCACCUAAACUCAAACCUCACCCAGGCUCCAUCCCCGCUCAGACACCUCUCUCUCCACCACCACACCCUUCUGUCACCAGCAGAGAGACUCAGACAUUGUCUGAGAUUGCCCCUGACUCUGCACCAGUGCCCUUCUCCCUCAACCAGAACAAUGCAGUGUGUCUUCCUUUGGUUUGUGAGAAGCGGAAGCUCAUGUGGGUGCACUCAAACCAGAUCCAAGUGCAGCUGGACAGUGAAGCAGAGCUGGACAAGGCCUUUAGCGCAUUCCCCUAUCUGUCGCAGAGGGAGACAGCUGCCCUGGCGCAGCGCUGCUCACUGCACCCAGACCAGGUGAAGGUAUGGUUCAUGCUCCAGAGGCUCCGCUACGGCAUCAGCUGGGAUAGGGAAGACAUCUGCAAGGUCCGGAAGAAGCACUGCAACUCAGGACAAGCUCAGGAAGACGAAGAGCAGCAAAACAGGGUGAGAGAAGAUGUGGGAGAGGGGACAAGGGAGGGGAAAACGAAGAAAGGAGAGAGGGCCCCGAAGGAAAAGGUGAGGAAGAACAAGUGGAAGGAGGGGGGAAGUUGUGAGGAAAAAGUGUGGUGUAAUGAGCCAAGGAUGACAAAGAUGACGGGGGAGGAAGGAGGGAAGAGAGGUCAGAAUGACAGGAAGGUAGAAGCAGUGGAGGAAGGUAAAAGGAAGAUUAGAAAGCAGGGAAAGUUGAUGGUGGCAGAUAAGAGGAAGAGAAAGAAGAUCGAGGGGGAAGAGGAUGGUGCGGAGGAAACAGGAGCGGUUGGAAUAAGUACAGAGAGCAAACAGUCUACCGAGGCACAGACAGCACUUCCCAUCUGGAGGAAGAAAAGGAAAGUUGGGUUAUCUGCAAGAUCCAGAAAUCAAAGCAGCCAAUCAACACCCCUUCAGGAAGCUCCACAAAAGCAGGUUAAGUCCCACAAAGCCAAAUCAGGAGCACUCAGAGAGGUGAGGUCCACUUUCCAAUGCCCAUCAAAUUCCCUUAAUGCCUUGGACCCCAAGGCGUCCCACUCAUACAGCCCACAGAGAUCCCAGCCUGCACCCUGGAAGAGCUUCCCGCAUGACAAGGAACAUGUCCAGAUGGAGCUUCUCUGGCAAAGCAGUGAAGCGGCCUUCAGCUCCACGUCCACCAAUGAGUGGUGUGCCAGCUGGAGCCAAGUGGUGGACCCUGAGAAGGAUUUUGUCCAGAAUCAAACACAUGAUGCACUGCUGCCGCCUCAUAACCGGGUGCCACCGUCAACAGAAGAGGCAUCAGUGAAGGAAGCAAACGUCAUCGCACCUUUCAGCGGCUUUGAGGGGAAAGCAGAACUGGAGGUCAAACCAGAGCCAGAACUGCACCAAGAAUCAACCAACUACAACACCAGCACGCUGAAGAGGAGGAGGAAGAGGAGGAAGAAGGCAGUGGUAGUCGGGAAUAAUCCUCGUGCCACAGAUGUUCCACCUGUCUUGAGUGUUCAGCAUGCAAAACCGGGCACCCUCACAAAAGCGCAGGGUCCCCGUCAGAUCCACUCCCAGCCAAGAAAGAAGACCUGGGUUCAGAUCGAGCUGCUGAGGCGGAGCUUCCUGGUCUGCCAGUUCCCGACCAGCCUGGACUACGACUGGCUGAUGGUGCAGACUGGACUUUCGCGCGCGGACCUUGUCCAGUGGUUCGGUGACAUGCGCUACGGCGUCAAGAACAGGAGGCCACAGUGGCUGAAGCCGGAGGAGCACUGCCGGUUGUUGGAGAGGAUCAGGUACCAGCAGCUAAUUAAAUGCAUUGGUAGCAGAAGCAUAAGAGGGGAAUUGAAAGAAGACGUGGAAGACGAAGCUUGAAGGGAAAGAAAUGUGCGUUCAGGAUUUAAGUGCACAGUUGCCUCCAGGGUUAAAAAAAAAAAAAAAAAAAAAGAUGCCUCAAUCAAAAUGCACUUAAUAUUCCAUUUAAACCACUUGAACUUCCACUUGGCAAAAACGCGAGAAUGUAU